UGGCAAGCCAGGCGGAAAGUAGGUCAGGGACGGGGGCUGCCUGCGCCGGGCGUGCGGCGCUGCCGGGGGGCCGCGACCCCCGCCCGCCCUCCCUUCGGCCGGGCGCGGCGCGGCGAGGGGCGCGCGGAGCCGCGGUUUUUGAAAGUAUUUGACCAACAGAACAUGAGGCAUGGAAGAGUUCUAAGGUUAUCAGCUGCUUUGGGCUGAGCAUCAUCAUCUUUGCCCAAGUGGAUUUAGGCUUCCAAGACAGGCCUUCAGACAGUCCAAUGGCAGACCAAAGGAUGGACAUAUCUUCUACAAUUAGUGACUUUAUGUCACCAGACCCUGCUGACUUGAUCUCCAGUUCCCUUAGCACUUCAGGAAUGGACUGUAAUAGGAAAAGAAAGGGAAGCUCAACUGAUUAUCAACUCGAUGGCUUUCCUUUUGAGGAAGGUAUGGAUACAGAUAAAGAUGACCAACAUGGAAGAUUGGAGUAUGCAGACCAACAAGGCAGGAUAAAAAAUGCAAGGGAGGCUCACAGCCAGAUCGAGAAGCGGCGCAGGGAUAAGAUGAACAGCUUCAUCGACGAGCUGGCCUCGCUGGUGCCCACCUGCAACGCCAUGUCCCGCAAGCUGGACAAGCUCACCGUGCUCAGGAUGGCUGUCCAGCACAUGAAAACACUUCGUGGUGCUACAAACCCAUACACAGAAGCAAACUACAAGCCUGCUUUUCUAUCAGAUGAUGAAUUAAAACACCUUAUUCUCAGGGCAGCAGAUGGAUUCCUUUUUGUUGUGGGCUGUGACAGAGGAAAGAUAUUGUUUGUUUCAGAAUCUGUCUUCAAGAUCCUCAACUACAGUCAGAAUGAUUUGAUUGGUCAAAGUUUAUUUGAUUAUCUCCAUCCUAAAGACAUUGCCAAAGUGAAGGAGCAGCUCUCUUCUUCUGACACCGCGCCACGAGAAAGGCUCAUAGAUGCAAAAACCGGACUCCCGGUCAAGACCGACAUCACGCCCGGGCCCUCGCGGCUCUGCUCCGGGGCACGGCGCUCCUUCUUCUGCAGGAUGAAGUGCAACAGGCCCUCUGUCAAGGUAGAAGACAAGGAUUUCCCUUCAACCUGCUCAAAGAAGAAAGCAGACCGCAAAAGUUUUUGCACUAUUCAUAGCACAGGCUACUUAAAAAGCUGGCCUCCGACGAAGAUGGGGCUGGACGAAGACAACGAGCCCGAUAACGAGGGCUGUAACCUGAGCUGCCUGGUGGCCAUCGGGCGGCUGCACCCGCACGUGGUGCCGCAGCCGGCCAACGGCGACAUCCGCGUCAAGGCCACCGAGUACGUGUCCCGGCACGCCAUCGACGGCAAGUUCGUCUUCGUGGAUCAGAGGGCAACAGCCAUCCUGGCAUACUUACCCCAGGAACUUCUAGGUACUUCGUGUUACGAAUAUUUUCAUCAAGAUGAUAUAGCACAUCUUGCAGAAUGUCACAGACAAGUUUUGCAGACAAGAGAAAAAAUUACGACUAACUGCUACAAGUUUAAAAUAAAAGAUGGCUCUUUUAUUACGUUGCGGAGUCGCUGGUUCAGUUUCAUGAACCCUUGGACCAAAGAAGUAGAAUACAUUGUCUCCACAAACACAGUCGUUUCCACCACGGUCCUGGAGAGCGGGGACGCGGCCUUUCCCCAGCUGGCAGCGUCCCCACACAGCAUGGACAGCGUGCUCCAGGCUGGAGAAGGUGGCCCCAAAAGAACCCAUCCCACUGUGCCUGGAAUUCCAGGUGGAACAAGAGCUGGGGCAGGUAAAAUAGGGAGGAUGAUUGCUGAAGAAAUCAUGGAGAUUCACAGGAUAAGAGGAUCAUCACCUUCCAGCUGUGGCUCAAGUCCCCUGAACAUCACCAGCACCCCCCCGCCCGACACAUCCUCGCCAGGAGGGAAGAAGAUCUUGAAUGGUGGCACUCCAGACAUUUCUUCAGCCGGGCUGCUGUCUGGGCAAAUCCAGGAUAAUUCUGGGUACCCGUAUUCCGACAACUCCUCAAUCCUGGGGGAGAACUCCCACAUCGGCAUGGACAUGAUCGACACGGAGCAGGGCUCCAGCAGCCCCAGCAACGACGAGGCGGCCAUGGCGGUCAUCAUGAGCCUGCUGGAGGCCGACGCGGGGCUCGGCGGCCCCGUGGACUUCAGCGACCUGCCCUGGCCCCUGUGAGCGAGCCAGCACCCCCCAGCCAAGUGCAUUUACUGGUGGAGCUCUGCAGUCUGUGAAACCCGUGGGACUGAGAGGCUUUUAUGUGGGAACUUCAUAAAAGCUGUGUCAGAACGCAACUCAUCCUACCAUGUGUAACUUCAGACAAAGUGGAAUAACCUGCUACAGUGUUCUGUGUUGAUUUGGUUAGCUGUGUAUAGCUUGCAAUACUUGUAUAUUUUGGAUUCUGUUGUUUGAAAUUUUUUUUAAAUCACUGUGCAACUCACUGGCAUCAGUGGUAGCUUUUAUAUGCAAAUGACCAUUUCAGAUGUAUGGUGUGUUUUUACACUGCAAAACAGUCCCCAUGUGGAUAUUUCUUAUACUAAUUGUACCAUAAAGCUGUUUAUUCUUUCUUGUAAGAAUCCUUUACUAUAAAUAUUGUUAAAGUGUAAUGUAUUAGACAGUUAAAUAUUUUUAAAAUAAAUGUUUCCCUUGUUCUAAGAUGGAGCAUUUACUUUGAUAAAUAAAUUUGAUAAAACCCUGCUGAA